UCUGCGCAGUGUGAGUGAGCGUGCUGAAAUAAACACUGGAGUUGUUUAGUUUUUAAGUGUUUUUAAAGGGAAUUCGUGGGAUUUGGAGGAUUUUAGCUGCUGAAACUCGGCCGUGGUGGAUUAAUUUAGCUAAAGAAGUGGACGGAGAGACUUGAGUUGAGCCGGCGUUUUCCUAUUACUAUUCACAGUGUGUGUGUUUUCUAUUUCAGGUGUGUCCAUGGCAUAACCUCGGCUUUACAACUUCCUCCUGAGGGAGUGGCCACCCAACCCCACCCAUCACGUCAUCGCUGGAUUGCUGCAGUAUCACCGUGGCAGCUGUGUGAUAUCUACAGGAAGAUCUAAUCAUGCCGGCUCUGUCUGGAACAGGCCCUGAGACAGGUCUGUACGAGCUGCUGUCAGCGUUGCCGGUUCAGCUGCAGGCUCAUGUGGACAGCGCAGAUGAUCGCUCCUUUCUGCACACCAUGUUCGGAGAGAGGAGCCUCCACUCACUCGUUAAGGUCCAUGAGAAGUUACAGCAUUAUGAGGAGAGCUGUCCCGCUCCAGUUCUGGACACUGCCGGUGCUCUCGCUCAGGGUGUGUUGGAAGAGCUGCAGGGUAAGGUGUUGAGUGUGGAGGUCAGAGAGCUGCUGAAGCUGCUGUCCAAACCACACAUAAAGAGUUUGCUGUCAGUUCAUGAUACAGUGGCUCAGAAGAGUUACGAGCCUGAGCUUCCUCCUCUGCCAGACGACAUCGACGAUGAUGAAGAUUCAGUGAAAAUCAUCAGACUCGUCAAGAAUAAAGAGCCUCUGGGGGCCACCAUCAAAAGGGAUGAGCGUACGGGUGCCAUCUUCAUCGCCCGCAUCAUGAGAGGAGGAGCAGCCGACAGAAGUGGUCUGAUCCAUGUAGGAGAUGAGCUGAAAGAGGUCAAUGGCAUCCCUGUGGACGACAAGAGACCUGAAGACAUAAUUCGCAUUCUGGCUCAGUCUCAGGGUGCAAUCACAUUUAAAGUGGUGCCAGGAAUACUGGAUGAAGGCCCAGCCAAAGAACCCAAGGUGUACCUCAGGGCUCUGUUUGACUAUAACCCGGAGGAGGACACGGCCAUCCCCUGUAAGGAGGCGGGGCUAGCCUUCAGGAGAGGAGAUGUGCUGCAGGUGGUGAGUCAGGAUGACGCCACCUGGUGGCAGGCCAAACACGAAGGAGGCGCCGACCACCGCGCCGGCCUCAUACCAUCCAAACACUUCCAGGAGAGGAGACUUGCACAUCGUCGACCCCUGACAAACACUCUUCCUCAGAAAAUCACCAGAAAACCAUCCAGUUUCCGGCGGAGUUUCCGUCUCAGCAAAAGAAAUAAGAAGACCAAUAAAUCCAUGUAUGAGUGUAAGAAGAGUGAACAGUACGACACGGCUGAUCUCCCAACUUACGAAGAAGUUGCUCAUUACCGUAAAGGACAUGGAGCCAAACAUAGACUCGUCAUUCUGGUUGGUCCUACAGGAGUGGGUUUGAAUGAGCUGAAGAGGAAGUUGUUAAUAUCUGACCCGCAGCACUUCAGUGUCACCAUCCCCCAUACGUCUCGAGGGAAGAGGAGUCAGGAGAGUGAUGGGGUGGAGUAUCACUUCAUCUCUAAACACCUGUUUGAGACAGAUAUUCACAACAAUAAGUUUAUUGAGCACGGUGAGUAUAAGGGGAAUUACUACGGGACCAGUGUGGACUCGGUCCGGUCAGUUCUAGCCAAAAACAAGGUGUGCCUUCUGGAUGUUCAGCCCCAUACGCUGAAGAAUCUUCGUACGGCUGAGUUUAAGCCCUUCGUGGUGUUCGUGAAGCCGCCGUCCAUCGAGCGUCUGAGAGAGACCAGGAAGAACGCUAAAAUAAUAUCAGGGAAAGAUGAUAAAGGCUCGGCUAAGUCCUUCACGGAGGAAGACUUCCUGGAGAUGAUCAAUGCAGCCCAACUGAUGGAGAACCAGUACGGCCACCUCUUCGAAAAGGUCAUCGUUAACGACGACUUAACGACGGCUUUCAGCGAGCUGAAGACGGCCCUGAGGAAGGUGGAGACAGAGACUCACUGGGUUCCUAUCAGCUGGACACACUCAUGAAGGACAGCACACACACUUGGAGACACAUAAGGGAGAGGAAUUUGACAAAAGAAACAAAAUGAGACAAAAGGGAAAAACACUCGGGUAACACUUUAUUUGAUGGCUACUACAUAAAGGCUUCAUAAUACAGGGGUUGGAAAAUAAAACUGAAAAAUCUGGUUUUAGAGCACAAUAAUUGAUUGUGGUGACGGACAGUUCUGGUGGUAACAGGAGACUUGAGGUGUACACUGAAUUCUGCCUUGAUUUGAUCAGCCGUGGUUUUAUGUUUUUUGGAUGCAAUCCGGGUUAGCACCCGAACAUCCCUUUCAGACAGCUUCCUCUUACAGCAUCCACAGUUAAUCCUGUUGGAUGUGGUUGGUCCUUCUUGGUGGUAUGCUGACAUUACCCUGGAUACCGUGGCUCUUGAUGCAUCACAAAGACUUGCUGUCUUGGUCACAGAUGCUCCAGCAAGACGUGCACCAACAAUUUGUCCUCUUUUGAACUCUGGUAUGUCACCCAUAAUGUUGUGUGCAUUGCAAUAUUUAGAGCAGAACUGUGCUCUUACCCUGCUAAUUGAACCUUCACACUCUUACUGCUGUUACUGGUGCAAUGUGCGAUUAAUGAAGAUUGAACACCAGGCUGCUCCAAUUUAGCCAUGAAAACUCCCACACUAAAAUGAUGACAGGUGUUUCAGUUUUAUUGUCCAACCCCUGUACAUUCAUAAGCACUGAAUAAUGUAUUUAUAGUAUGAAUCAGUAUUUGGAUAUUUAUGAAUUGCCUACGUUUUAAAACAUUGUAUUGACAUACAGUACCA